AUGGAACACGCGAGACCGCCUCCCGAGCUCAGUACAGAUGGAAGCCCCGUCAGCCGGGCUGACGCGUGGCAAUGUUGGAAGACACAAUUUAACUUAUUUCUUAAGGCAUCUGAAGUGGUGAAAGAGGACGCCGCGACUCAGGCCAGUUUGCUUAUCAAUUUAAUUGGACCCGAGGGGUUCAAUGCAUAUCAGACGUUCGACUUUGAGAAGGAGGGUGAUCGCGAUAGCAUAAAAAUCCUUCAAGAAAAAUUUGAUGCAUAUUUCGGUCUGAAACCUAACAUAACUUUAGCAAGAUACAAGUUUUUUACUCGCAACCAGGAAGACGGAGAAACGAUAAGCCAAUACGUAACGGCACUUAGGUUAUUAACAAAAACAUGUGCAUUUUCCUCAUUGGAACAGGAUUUGAUUCGCGACCGUAUCGUCUGCGGCAUAAAGAGCACUAUCGUUAGAGACCGUUUGCUUCGUACGGACGAUUUGACACUCGAUAAGGCGAUAAAAAUUUGUCAAGCGGACGAGGUAUCGAGUGACGGUUCCCGGAGACUGGAAGCGCUCAAAAUAAGCGCGGGACCCUCGCAAGUGGACGUGGUGCAGUUCCGCAGCGGCAGGGCCGGCCGCGGCGGCCGGGGCGGCGGCGGCGGGCGCUGGAGGCCGAGCCGUGGCGCCGGCGCCGGGGGCGCGCCCGGACCCGCUCGCCAGCGCGCUCCGUGUCCGGGGUGCGGGCAGGCCUGCGAUCCCGGCAAGUGUCCGGCUAAUGGAGUGCAGUGUUUUAAAAAUGGGUCACUUCGUAUCUGUCUCGAUCCUCGGCCGCUCAACUGCGCCGUGCAGCGCGCUCACUUUCAGUUGCCGACUAUUAACGAGAUAGCUGCCAAGCUUCACGGGGCCCGAUUGCUUAAAAAAGAAUCUGUUUGGUGUUGGGACUCCGUGCACGACGCAGCAUUCGUUAAACUGAAAGAGUUAGUGUGUAACGCUCCGGUGUUGACGCUGUUCGACGCGUCGCAGCCCGUGGUGGUGUCGGUGGACGCGAGCGCGGUGGCGCUGGGCGCCACGCUGCUGCAGGCCGGCCGCCCCGUCGAGUACGCGUCGCGCACGCUCACCGACACACAAACGAGGGCAUUGACCGCUGCAAGAGCCGCGCGCCGCGCGCGAGAGGUAUUGUUUUGGCCGGGCAUCACGCGCGACAUUGAGUCGUAUGUGCGGCGCUGUGAGGCCUGCCAGGAGUGCCAGAAUGCUCCCGCUAGGGAACCUAUGUUACCUAUACCUAUUCCAGAACUGCCGUGGUGCAAAGUAGGAAUGGAUAUAUUUGAAUAUAGAAAGCAGUACUUCUUGAUUAUGGUUGAUUACUUCUCUGGAUUCAUUGAGGCAUUUAAUAAAGUGCGAGCCGGGCGUGUCCCCGCCACCGUCCACGCAGUCGCUAGCACUGGGUUCAAGUCCGCUCGAUGUAAAGGCUGCGCCCACUGCCGAGCCAGCUCCGAACCCGGGACCGAGCGGUGGCGGUACUGCCCAGACUACCGUGUUAAAUGA